AUGAACACUCUUGCGUCGUUGUUCUGUUCAAAUUCUGUUCUGUGCGCGACACCUUCAAAUCCUUACGUCACCUUCAAGCAGAGCCUGAAAAACGUUAUUACUUAUUUCAAUGGUAAAGUACUGCCACGACCAGGCAGCGUCUAUGGGAUAUACUUCUACAAGGGUUUAGCUGGGCAUACUGGAAGAGAGAGGGGGAUGACGACGCACUGCAGGAGGAAGGGAUGCUCACGGAAAAUAAAAAGCAGAAACGGAAAAGUUGUUUUGUGCGCACAUGUCUCAGGACCGCACCGGUUGCGCACCCAAUUACUUGCACAAGUACUGGGACAAGCAGUCGCACGAUGCUGUACCCAUGCCUCGGUGGCGUCUCCGUCUUUUCUUAACUUUCACCAAAUACUUACAAAUCCUGCGGCUGGAGGAGAGGAAAAACACAUUUGCACUGACAACUCACCGUGCUCUUCGUGUUAUCAUUUCCCCUACAUUGUCACGCUGCCAGAAUCACUUUCUCCCCUCCCCCGCGCCGUCUUGACAGGCAGUUUCUCUGUGUCUUUUUUGUUUUUUUCACAGAAUUGCAAUUUGCAUACCGCAAUGGGAAGUUACUGUCUACGGGGCUUUGACUGGAAAUCUCUUUACUAUCCAAAAACUGCUUACCCGGUGCAGCAUCGCAUCUACUUAUUUAUUGACAAUGCCUCUCUGUCAUACAUAACAGAUGUCAUACUUAACAUAGUAUUAGUUAAUAUAUAG